CUUGGCAAACACCUGACCUCAAGGAGGUUCCUGACACUCAUGACAGUUUAUCACAACUGUCAAAUUUAUGUAACAUUAAAAAAACAAAAAAGGAUUUUGUAUUAAAGUUUGUAUGCAAAAUUAAUUAAAUAUGUAUACUAGGAAAUUGCUAAACACAUUAUUCGUCCCGGCAGCAGUUUUAGUAGCAGAAGAAAGAGGGAAAGAUUCCUCCCAACAAGGCCAAUACUGUCGGGCGAGUGAAUUACCUAUCUAUGUACCGGACCCACCACCACCGACUCCAGAACCAGAAGUAGCUAUGCCAACAUACUUAGAAAAUGGCUUUGGAGCAGUGAGGCAACAAGUUACAAACAUUUCAAGGGAAGUUUCGGCAUACAAGAGGGUUGCUGUGGAUUAUGUUGAACAAAGCAAAGACAAUGCUGAAGGGUUAUUGCAAUAUUUGAGACAAGAAGAUAAUACAACUCCAAAAGCUGGUGCCAUUGUAAUUGGUGGAUUGACUGGUUACAUUUUGGGUCUAAGAGGUAGAUUUAUUAAGCGAACGUUAUAUGCUAGUGCUGGAGCAUUAGGAAUGGCUGCUCUUUGUUAUCCAAAAGAAGCAUCUGAGUAUUCACAAAUAGCAAUAGCAGAGGCAAAGAAAUAUGCCACAAUUGCAUACAACUUUGCAUAUGGAGUUAAGAAGGAUGAUCCUCCAUUGGAGCUUCCAUCACUACCAAAAAUACCAACCAGCUUCUCAGAAGCGUGGGAUACAGUCGCGAAAUCAGCUUCAUCUCUUGUUUCAGGAGAUGAUACACAAAAGGCCCACAACAAAACUGAAAAGGAAAAGUAGUCCUACUACCUUGUACAUAAAAACAAAUAUAUUAGCUGAAAUUCGUGAA